UCUACGCUCUGCUUUUCAUCAGCCUGUUGCUAGGCAACAGUACACAAACCAGCUCGGGGAGAUGCAGCCGAUUUCAUAGCAGCUAGAUCGUUGAGGCCGACAAUUUUGAAGGGUAGUGUGGCACUAUCAGCAUCCCAACUGGUAAGGCAACCAUGCCGAAGAAAGGAGGAAAGGGUAAGCAGGCCGCAAUGACUGAGGAGGAGAGGCUGGCCUACAUGCAACAGAAAGCUCAGGCGGAGGAAGAGAUGGCCAAACGGAAGGAGGACAUGCUCACUCUGUUUCUGAAGGAGAAACUACAGAAGGAGGAGAAGAACAGCGCAGUGAACCUGCACAAGCUGACACAGCAGUGGCGAGCGGUGCUGAGACAGACCCGUGCCACAGAGCUGAGAAGGGAUAUCUCCAUCCUCAGCCAAACCUUUGAGAGGGUGCUGGACCGCAAGGACAGUGUCAUUAAGAGUCUGGUGUGUGAUGUGAACGAGGCGGAGCAGCAGUCGGCUCAGGCUCUGCGGGCGCACCUGAACUGCGCUGACCGGCUGCUGGAGUUGCAGAAGGGCCGGCUGGCCAUCCUCGAGCUCAAGUGGACCUCCAGCCUUGAGGAGCUCAUGUUGGAGUACAACACAGUCAGGGAGCACCUUGGGAGUCAGCACCAGCAGGACACAGCAUAUCUGGCAGAUGUGACCUUUGCCAUGGAGCAGCACUACGCUGAGCUGGACAAUGAGGCCAAACAGGACUACCAGAGUAUGCGGGAUGACAUCAAAAACAGGAACAUCGAGGAGAAGCACGCUCUGCGGGUGCAGCUGGAGGGCACGGUGGAGGAGCUGUGGGGCCAGUUCCAGCACGCGCUGCGCAGCUACAACGAGGCCACGGAGGACCGCCACAUCGCCUUCGAGGCGCUCCGCACGCGAGACCACAAGUCCGCCCAGGAGAUCGACACGCAGAUGAGGCGUCUGCAGAAGAUGCAGGACUCCAUUUCGGCUCUGCGUGUGCGGCUCGGCUCCGGGCAGCGGGACGGGGAGUCGGCGGCGCGCGGGCUGCGUGCGGCACGCGAGGAGGUCACCCAUCAGGCCCGGCAGCUGAAGGCCCAGCUCAGUCACGCUCGCGCAGCAGAGAGGAGCCAACUGGGCGACCUGACCCUGCACAGCAACACGGCCGCCAAGAAGCUACAGGCCAUCAUCACUCAGGGCGAGAAGCUGCUGCGUCUGGCUGAGAUGUGCCGUAAGCUGGAGACGGAGGAGGAGAAGGUGGUGCCCUUCUACGAGUCCUCGCUCACGCCGCAGGAGCAGAGUCUGGACAGGGCAACGGCUGCACAGCCACCAUCUGAGGAGCUGGCCAAGGCCAUGGUGGACUUUGAGGACCUGGGUCGGUUCUGGCGGCGCCACAACAAGGUGGUUCUGGAGCGGGCGUGCCUGGAGCAGGAGCGGGCGGGCCUGAGCCGGGAGAACCAGCGGCUGCGCGUGCUGCUGCGCCAGUACCUGGAGGGCAUCUCCGUGAGCGACGAGAUCCUGCGCCACCAGAACCCACUGCUCAUGGUGCAGCGCCAGCCCCUCGGUGCCCCUCCGGCCGCCGCCGCCACCGCCGCACAGCGCCAGGGGAGCCACGGCAACCGCGCCAGCCAGCCGCUCAAGCGCCACACCGUCAUCGAGGCGGCGCACGUGGUGCAGCACACGCUGUAGAGGCGCGCGUGGACACACACACACACACACACACACUGGUCAAAACAGUGGACACACUUACACACACACACACACACACUCACUGGUCAAAACACACACACACACACACUCACUGGUCAAAACAGUGGACACACUUACACACACACACACACACACACACACUCACUGGUCAAAACAGUGGACACACACAUACACACACACACACACACACACACACACACACACACACACACACACACACACACUGGUCAAAACAGUGGACACACAUACACACACCCACACACACGCACCCAUCGCUGAUAUAUACCUAUAAAACAUUCUCAUAUGCAUACUCUCAUGCCUAAAAACAUACUGUACAAAGGCUAAAACAUCUGGGACAUUUCUAAACAAAACCAUAUGUAUCAUGCUUUCAUAUGCAUACAAUCAAGCCCUUUGAAACAAACCAGAAAAUCUGUUCACAUAUGCACACACUUUACCUCUCAUGCUCAUGACUGCUGGAUAUCAAUGAAAGCUCAUCCCAUAGACUGACUAGAAAUAAUCAUAGAUCUGAAAUAAUGUAUAGACAAAAGUUAACUUGCUCUGUGUUUCUUUGAUGCGCAACACAUAAUUAAACCGUAAAUGCGUAUAUUCUGUAUUUGGUCAUGGCCAUGGAUAUUACCACCCUGAAUACAGUAUGAAUUAGGGAUGUGAAAAUUCAUCCGUACAUAAAGAAAGUGUAUUUUUUUUGCUGUGAAAGCUUGAUGUAAAGUCUGAAUGGAAAAAUAAAACAUUACACCAGA